AGAAAGGAAAAAUCGUUGACGAAACGCGAUUUUUUUUGCACAAAAGUUCAUCUUUUAUUUAAAAAUAAUUUAGUUAAACUGAGUUUGGCUACUGAAUUUAUGUCAAAAAAAUACAGACGUGCCAUAGAAGUUUAAUUUAAAUAUCGAGUACAAUUUGUGUGUAACAUCAAUUAAUUUAUAUACAAAUUUGCCAGACAGACAGAGUUCACUCGACUUAUACAGAAGCAUCAACAGCGAGUAAUAAUUGCCAUUAUAUAUAAAUAUUAAUAAUAAAAGAGAAAACAAAACAAUUGUCAAGAGCAUGAAGACUGAUUGGAAUGAAACGUUUAAAUUUGAGGAGCAAGAAAUUGACUUGGAACAGCUGACAACAGCAAAUAGUGAUACAAAUGGAAGCAUUGAGUCGUUAUCAGCUACUACCGGAACAAACUUUAAUAUGUCAUUGGUUGGAGUACGUUCAGCACCAUUCUUGUUAAGUGACUAUUGCUCAUCAAUUCGUAGUGUAAGCGUGUCAUCAUCGUUAUCGGACAUGGCAUCUAGUUCGUAUGACUUAUCAUCAGACACACUCAAUCUCGAAGACUUGAAGGCUCAAUUGGGUCAAAGCUGUUUAAGUUGUGGCGUUUGUUGGACAGAUGAUCAUUUUUCAUUUGACUGUGCCGAGUGCGGUGGAUAUGCAAUUACAAAACCAUGUCCCAAAUGCGAUGGCUCGUGCGGAAAUGUCUGGACGAGAGAUUUCUCAAUGACUCAUACUUAUCGUACUGCAAAGUGGAGUGGAAUCUGUAAAUACUAUGGCAAUCCAUUUGAGACUCGUCCUGCAGAAUCAACAAUUACUUUCAUAAAUCCUUCAACCACCUCAUGUAGUAUGAGCCAUUUUUAUCCCAACGACUUGUGUCGACGUCUAGAAAAGUUGCACGUUCAGAGUUAAAUUCAUAUGGAUGUCUAUAUUUUAGAUCCAUUGUAUAAAGGCAUCAUCAGUCAUUUUUUUAAUUAAUUAGAUAAAAUUUUAUUAUUUAAACUGGUCAAACCAGAAUGAAAAGUACUUUUUGCAUAUAACAUGUAAUGUAAUAUUGUGUGAGGUUUAAGAUAAGAAAAGGGGAUGCUCGCAAAUGACGCCAAGGAAUUUUGUAUUUUCAACUGUCUUAGAUCCUUCAGAAGUCUCAUAAAGUUGGAUUUAAUUUAAGUCUUGAGAUUAAACAUUGGAUUUAAAAUUAAUCUUCAUCUUCAGCUUAAAUUUGAAUAUUCGGACCUCCAAAAAAACCAAUGUUUUGAGUGACGUCACUUGAGAGCGACCCCCCAAUUAGACAAAAAAGAGUUUAAAACAUUUUUUGAAAGAGAAUUGACAGGGAUCAAAUAUUUUUGUUUCCAUCAUUAUUAUUGCAAAAUAUAAAUAUAAAAAAAAGUCCUUAACUUAACAAAUGCAAAAAUCGUGAAAAAAAUGUGAUAUGUAUUCGAAGACACAAAAGAAAUUUUUAAAUAUCGUAAUAAAUUUUCUACAAUAAUUGUAUAUUUUUCGAAUCUCUACGCAUUUAAGAAAAGAGAAAAUUUAUUAUUAAUUAUACUAGAAUUAUUCUUUAAAAGUCGUUUUCUGCAUCAAAGAGAAUUUUUCUUUCAAUUUUUGUUUCC